CUGUUAUAUUCAGCAGGAAGCAUUGGAGGGCACUGUGCUGGGACUCUAAACAUACAGCGUGUUCUCUGUGACUUUACAUUGUUCUGUGGUGUGUAUGUGUGUGUGUGUGUCUGAGCCAAGGACCUAACUGACUGUAAAGCCAAUCUCUUUCUCUUCCUUCCUCCCUCUCCUCUCUCUCUCUUUCUGCACUUACUUGACUGUUUCUUGGGAUUCACCCCCAUCCCUCUCUCUCUCUCUCUCAGUCUCCAGAGCAGGGUUAGGCUGUGGACCAAGGCUGACUUGCUGACUGACGGGAAGGGCUGAGAUCUGCACAAAACUUAACCAACUCUUGUCUGGAGUUUGCAGAGCUGUGAGUGAGGAGAUGGCGAGGUGCCUGGUUCUCGGGGCUGUGCUCCUACCCACUGUGUUGGCAGAUAUCUUCUGCAGCUUUAGCUGGUCUGGGGCUUACUGCGAGGAGAGGAGUCCCAUAAUCACCGUCCUGAUAUGGGUGGGAUUGGUGUUGCUGGUGGCCUUGGCCGUGGGUGCAGUCAUUUCCUGUUGCUGUUGUUGCUGCAAUGCAGUCUGCAAAGAUCCCCCCCCUCCCACCACUGUUGUGACCACUAUGGUGCCAUACCAAGGACAGGUGCCGAUCGGGGGCAUGGCUAACCACAUCUACCAGCCUGUGCCCACAUACUUGCCCCCUGCACAGUUCAGCCCUGGCCAAUAUCCCCACCCCGGGCCCUACACCCAGGCCUACGCCAGCCAGGCUAACCCACAGCCACCACCGUACCAGGAUCAGGACAACCUCACACAACCCGGGAAGCCUGUGGCUAAUCCCCAGCUCUAUCCCGGGAAGAGCCCGGACACCGCCUACAUGUGAGUCCUCCGUCAGCCCGGCCCGGCUCGCCCCCCCGCUCUGACCACACAGCAACAAUCCGAUGAGGGUUUAGGAGCCGCUGAUUCUCUCCGGGAUUUUCCGGGCUGGAGGAGGAGGCCACGUCCAGACAGCCACGGGAACGGGAAUGUGAUCAUGAAAGGGAAACCUCCAGAUGGGGGGAGUAAUUACCUGAUAGCAUGUGUUUGGCUUGCGAUUGAGACGCUGCAUGUACUUGGCGUGUGGACGAGACGCUUUUCUGCCCGCGGUCACCGAUGGUCUCAGUCGUGUGAUAAAUGUUAAUCUUUCA